UUUUUUUUUCAAUUUUAAUGUUAUUGGUCCCAUUGGUUUAUCACCAACUUUGCUAUUUUUUUUAUAUAUUGAAUUGAUAUUUGUUUCCUAACAAUGACUAUAAAACUGAAUUUAAUUGCCGCUGCUUGCGAAAAUAUGGGUAUCGGGAAGAACAAUAACUUACCUUGGAAAUUAAAAUCAGAAAUGGAUUACUUCAGUAGAAUGACAAGCAAAACCAUCGAUCCAACAAAGAAAAACGUAGUUAUAAUGGGCAGAAAAACAUGGGAUAGUAUACCCACAAAAUACAAACCAUUACAAAAUCGCAUUAACUUUGUUUUAUCCCGUUCAAAUUUGGAUUUAAAAAAUUGUAAGGAUGUAUAUGCCAGUAAUAGCUUAGAGUCAUGCAUAGAGAAAUUAGAAGACAAUGCAUUUAAGAGCGUCUAUGAGACUGUUUGGGUUAUAGGCGGGAGACAUAUUUAUGAGGCUGCUCUGAAAUCUGAUAGUUUUCACAGGCUGUAUUUAACCAAAAUUUUAAAAACUUUCGAUUGUGACACCUUCUUCCCCCCUCUACCUACAAACUUAAAAAAAGUCAGUGAUCCGGAUGUGCCUGAAGAACUGCAAACAGAGAAUGGUAUUGAUUAUACUUAUAAUGUAUAUGAAAAUACACAAUUUGGGAAAUAAUUGUGAUUGUUGAUUUUUGCCUACG